AUGGAGUUGACAUUUGAACCAUUGAAGAACGACCUGCUCCUGCGGGCAGCAAGGGGCGAGACGGUCGAACGCCCGCCAUGCUGGAUCAUGCGGCAAGCCGGCCGCUACCUCCCCGAGUACCACGAGGCUAAGGGGAACCGCGACUUCUUUGCCUGCUGCCGUGACCCCGAGGUUGCCAGUACCCUGACACUGCAGCCGAUCGAGCGCUUUGCCGGCCUCCUCGACGCCGCCAUCAUAUUCUCCGACAUCCUCGUCGUGCCCCAGGCCCUCGGCAUGACGGUCGAGAUGGUGGACAAGAAGGGCCCUCACUUCCCCGACCCGCUCAGCGCCCCCGACGACGGACAGUACGAAAAGGUUCUAUCCAAGUCCGUUGAUGUCGCCGCCGAGCUCGACUACGUCUACAAGGCCAUCACCCUCACCCGCAAGAAACUCGCCGGUCGCGUGCCACUCAUCGGCUUCUGCGGCGCCCCCUGGACCCUCUUCUGCUACAUGGUCGAGGGCGGCGGCACCAAGCUCUUCAUGCAGAGCAAGAGGUGGAUCUACCGCCACCCCGAGGAGUCCAAGAAGCUACUGCAGAAGAUCGCCGAGGUCUGCGUCGAGUACCUCGCCCUGCAGGUCAAGGCCGGCGCCCAGCUCGUCAUGGUCUUCGACUCGUGGGCCGGCGAGCUCGGCCCCGAGGCCUUCAAGGAGUUCAGCGAGCCCUACCUGGCCUACAUCUCGGCCAACCUGCCCAAGAAGCUCGCCGAGAUGAACCUCGAGUGCGUGCCCAUGACGGUGUUCCCCAAGGGCGCCUGGCACGCCCUCGACUCCGUCAUCGACAUUGGCUACGACGUCGUCGGCCUCGACUGGCUCCAGGACCCCGCCGACGCCGUCAAGAUCCGCGGCGACAGGCGCAUCACCUUCCAGGGUAACGCCGACCCGGGCGUGCUGUACGGCACCCACGAGGCCAUGACCAAGGCUGUUGAGGUGAUGGUGAAGGGCUUCGGCGGUGGCAAGAAGGGCUGGAUUGCCAACCUCGGCCACGGCAUCACCCCCGGUGUCAACCCCGAGGACCUCAGGUUCUACCUGUCGGAGAUCCACCGCUUGGCGGGCAACUAA